UUGGGUGUCAAGGAAAAAAUUUUAUCCGUAAAGCUUCGUAUGACUGCGUGAGACUUUUUUCUGCUUCUUUACUACGCUUAUAGACAUUAGAAUUGAGAAAUGCUGCGACAUUUACAAAGAGGAACCUGUGUAAAAUACAAUACAUUCAUUCGACCAAAGAUAGCUAUAGCUUCAAAUGGUUUAUAUAAACAAAUGGUCUUCAGUCAGUUACAUACCUCACUAUCUAAUCCAGUCAAAGUGCAUUCAGCGUCUGUGAUGAAUGGGUUAGGAAUAACUGAGAAAGCGGUCAAGCAAUUACAACACAUUCAAGAAAAAGAACAAGACAAGGAGCAAAUGUUACGAAUCCUGGUUGAUUCUGGUGGUUGUCAUGGAUACCAAAACAAGUUGGAAUUAACAAAAACUGUUGAAGACGAUGACAUUAUUUUUGAAAAAGAAGGGGUUAAAGUAGUUAUUGAUAGUGUAUCAUUUCAAUUUCUCAGGGGAUCAACACUUGAUUAUGUUCAAGAAUUGAUUGGAUCCACCUUCCAAGUCACUAAUAACCCAAACGCAAAACAUAGUUGUGGCUGUAAUAUUUCCUAUGAUAUUGACUUGGAUAAAAUACAGUAAAUAAAUAGAUGCUUUUAUAUAAAGUAAUCCAUCAUUUGCAGAUUUUCAGUGCUUUUUUAUUUGAAGAGAGUGGAUAAUAGCUCUUAUUAAUAUAGCCUAUGACUG